AACAAAAUUUCCAUCAUGGAUAGUAUCGCCUUCUUCUCAAAAAUCGGAGAGACAUUAGUCUCUGAACUUCAAAACGACGAAGGUAAAAAUCUUCCACCCAAUAAAAUUCAAAAAAUCAUAUUGACAAAAUAUCUGCAAUCCGGAAAGUAGAAAAAACAAUUGGAAAAUCGUGGAUGGAAAAAAUAGGAGAGGUAGAAGAGAAUGAGCAGAGGGUGCGAUUCAUGAAAAUGUUGAUUUUCUGUUUGCAAAAAAAUUUACUGAAGACUCCCCUCGCUCAAUCAGUCCCAGAAGAUCGCCAAAGAAUGACACAGACUUUGGAGAAUGCCAUGAAAUUCCCGGAAUCCCAAAAAAAAGACUCGAGGUGCUCUCAGGGAAAAUUGAAGGAAAUUUAUACAGCGACCAGCGGUGAUCUUCACGAGUAUUUUGCAGUCCAGGAGAUUGACGAUGAAUUUAUGCACGGGUACUACGGAAUUUCGUGUGACGAGCCAUUCUUCAAAAAUCCAUGGGAAACGUCAGACGUCGAUGCAGUACUGAAUGAAAAAUUCAUAACGAGCGAUAUUGAUGAUAUCCUCGUGGAGGAAAAAUCUCCCGAAGUUGAUGACAAAGUCAAAGAACUGUGUCAAUGCAGAAAUAAAGCAAAACCCAAAGUUUCCAUUGAGAGUAGACCAACCUGGGGUCGUUAUCGUUACAUGGAAAGGCUUAUUGAUCAGUCGCCCUACACCGUUGGAGAUCUGGAGGUGACAGAGAUUGAUGCGAUGCUCCAUAAUUUUCGUGACCCUCGUAGAAAGCCACGUAACCAUUAAUUCGCAAGUUCACCGCUGAAAAACCUGUUCUGGAGAUCUGCAGAGACGAUCAGGGCAUUUGGAUACAUAUUUUUUUUGCUGCUGGGAAUUUUACUGGAGAAUGGAGAGGUCAAUGUUUGGGUUUAUGUGAGGAUUUAAAUAUCCGGUGUGAAUUCGAUUUACUAGAGCUCCGAGGAUUAGGUGAUAAAACACAAUGGCAUUUGAUUCAAUGAGAGGAUUACGAGGUCCACCUGCUGGUGUUGUUUGUCUCGGAGUAAUUUGUAUUAUUUUGACGUGGACCUGGUGGGCUCAAUCCACUGAUAUUACAGAGCUGUACAAUCAAGUCGAUAGAUUGCAAGGAGAGAUAAAAGUCAGUUUGGAAGAGCGUGAAAAAUGUGAAACAUCCAUAUCCAACUUGGAGGCACGUUAUAAACAAUCUCAGGACACAAUAGCAUCGUUACACGUACGGGAGAAUCAGUUGAGAAAGAAGAAUGAGGAGCUCACGAAUUCUGCGGCUUUCUGCAAUAGUGAAUUGGAGUCUGUGAGACAGUUGGAUUCUACGAAAGAUGCUGCACUGACAGCACUGAGACUUGAUAAGGACACUAUUGAUGAUCAGUUAAAUGUUAAACGAGAAGAGGCACAAAAACUUCAAGCCGAUUUAGAAAAAGUAAAAAUUGAAUUGAAUAACCUGAACAGAACGUGCAGCAGUGGUAAAUCCGCAGUGGCAAGAGAACAAGAACGAAAUAAUUCGAAAGAGUUCGCCAAUAAUUUGGAAAGACUCGUGGAUGAUAAUAAUGCUGAUACAGCUGGUGAAAUUGAUGGUGAUGAUGAGCCAUCCGUUGUUAUGGAGUCGAAACGUCAAAGUGAGGCACCAGCUGUCCACGAUUCUGUUCUCAAUCAUAUUUUGCAGAACUCAUUGGUUACUCCAAAAUCUAGUAAGCAGUGAUACGUACGUACAAAUAAAUGAAUGGUAUAAAUCAAUAAGAACAAUUUUAUUUGUUGAUUCUACAUUGUUCUAAAAAUAUACCUUGUUUCAACAAUGAUAUGAAAUAAAUACGUGGUAAUUUUUCUUUCAAA